AUGCGAGCAUUUAACAGGGCAUUAGCGCGGCCCCAUUGGGUCCCUGUAAUUGGUGACCAUUCAAUUGCCUCUGAACCCGGUGCUAUCCCAGGACGUGAUGAGGAGAUGGACAUCACCGAGAUGGGCGAGAACAUUUCGUUAGCUCAAGUAGCUAUCUCAAGUGCUGGUCCUCAGGACUCUAUGGAUGAUAUUCAGGAACAAGAUUUCGACAAUUCUGUACGAACAGGAAAUGAAGCUGUAGCACUGGCUGAGACCAUGCGAACGUUAGAAGGAAAUGUCGAGAAUUCAAUGGUAUCCAUGGAUCAUCGAACUUUCACAACCGAUUAUUCUAUCAGUGAUUCGCUGAACGAGACAAAUAUAACAAGAAGGGAUGUUUCCAUUAUGCAAGUAGGAAGCAGAUUUCGCCCGUCCUCUUCUUCACGUGACGACACGGUCCUGUCACUUCGAUCAUUACGUGAUGAGACAAUCUCUGAUGACCAGCCACAAAGCAAUUUAAUUCGUGCAGAAAUUUUACAGGAUUUGGAGAGAAAAUUAAUUGAACUUAGGGAUAAGUCUGCAGCUGAAAUCCACGAAGUGCUGCCUAAACUACAAGCUGUUUACCCAGCGAAAGCGGUUGCUGUCAAAAAUAUGGAUACUAGAGCUGUAACUGCUUUCUAUAUAUUGCGAGACCUUUUGUAG